GAGAGAGAGAGACAGAGACAGAGACAGAGACAGAGAGACAACCUCCAACUAGAGAGAGAGAAGAGAGAGAGAGACGCGCAGAGAAACGGAGAGAGGGACAGAGAGAGAUAGAAUCACAGAGAGAGAUUACCCUCUCUCACUAAUCUGUCUCUUCAUUCAUUUAUUCUCUCUCUCUGAACCUGGCUGGUCUCACGCUCAUCUUGGACCCGAGGAAACGGCUGUUUUUGUGAUGCCUUAAAAAAGGAGUAACAGUCAUUGUGGACUGACUGUCAUGUUCCACACCAACCUCCCAUCUAUGGACAGCCUGUAGAGGUGGAGUCUUAGUUAGAUUGAGGCAUUUCAGCAGAGAUACCUUUUAUUAAGAAGCAUGGCUAGCAAGAGGAAGUCCACAAUUCCCUGCAUGAUCCCUGUAAAGACCUUGCUUCUACAGGAUGAACUUGAGCAGGGCCGGCAUUCUCCCUUAUGCAAGGAAAGCAGUUUCUUCCAUAAGGAGGAACCAAACGCAAAAGGCUUCCAAACUUUGGAUGAAUCUCCUGGGCACGAAGCAGGAGAUGCACAUAAAGAUGGUGGCACUUACACCUGCAGGCCCUGCAAUUUUGAGACCCAGGACCUGAACUUGUUCCUUGAUCACGUUUACAGUGGGCACCCAGAAUUUCGCACUGACCCUACCUUCCUCUGUGUGGACUGUGGGGUGAGUGCUGCAAAAUUUGAAGGGCUUGCUUUGCACAAUGCUCGUGUGCACCCUAGUACAAUGACCACCACACUUCAGCUGAAAAAGAAGGACAGGAAGGUCACAGUGGAGCAGAACUUGAUUGUAGGUCUUGGUGAAAGCACUAGCUCAAAGGAGUCAGAAAUCUCCAUCACUAAGACGCCCAUCAUGAAGAUGCUCAAGGGCAAAUCGGAGUCCAAGAGGAUUGUGGUUUCUCACCCUGGCGCAGAUGAGCCUGCAGCCACCACUGUCAAGCAGGUAGAGACGAAAGAGUCGCCAGCGGUUACGGUCACUCAUGUUCCUACCAUCGUGCACAACGGAGCAGCGAGCAAAGUCACUUUGCCAUCUGCGAUACAGAUUGUCAAUGGCUCUGGAGCUUUACCUUUGCUAAAAACAGCCAAUACCCAAGUUGUAUCUGUGGUUCAGAACAGGAGUCUCAGCCAACAGUCAACAUUGUCCUCCUCCACUUCCUCCUCUUCUUCUUCUUCUUCAGCAUCAAGCUCCAAGAAUUUACCGAAAGUGAUGAUUCCUCUGAGCAGCAUUCCCACCUACAAUGCAUCCAUGGACAACAGUAGCUUUCUGAAAACUUCCUUUAGUAAGUUCCCCUACCCAACCAAAGCAGAGCUCUGCUAUCUGACUGUAGUUACCAAGUACCCAGAAGAGCAAAUCAAAAUCUGGUUUACAGCACAGAGGCUUAAGCAAGGAAUUAGCUGGUCACCAGAGGAGAUAGAGGAUGCCCGCCGGAAGAUGUUUAACACCAUCAUACAGACGGCACCCCCUGCUGGUCAGCAGCAGUGUCAGACACACCAUAGUACCCCUCAGCAAACAAUCGCAGUCCUGCCGGCCUCCCUAGGUACAACUGGUAUCCCUCACAUUUUACAGGGAAGCCUGGUUGGCCAAGGAGGGGUUAUUGUCACCCAGCCCAUGAUGGCUAAUGGGAUUCAGGUCAGCAGUGCUCCUGUUGCCCUGGCUGUAACACCCAAGCCACAGGCUGCAGCUAAGCCCAUGAUGCAGGCAAAGCCUGCUGCUGCCCUGGUAGCUGACAAGGGACUCAGCAUGGUGGUGGGCUCUGUUGGAAGCAGCAAUAGUGGAAAUUAUACCAUCAGCAAUAGCAGCAGUGGAGGAAGCAGCAGUAGCAGCAGCAGCAGCAGCAGCAGCAUCACAAGCAGUAUUAUUAGUAGUCUCAGCACAAACAGCAGCCAUGCUAGUGUUAUUAGCAUUGGUAGCAGCAGCAGUGGCAAAAUAAACAGCAACAGCAAUAGUAAGGCCAGUAUACCAAGCACUAAUGGUAAAAGCAGUGCAUCAAGCAGCAGUAAUGCCAAAAUGGUUACUGACAACAAAAACAGCACUAAUGUCAAAGCCAACACUGCAAAAAGUAGUGUGGACAGUAAAGGCAGCACUGAUGUUAAAGGAAACACUAAGAACAACGAACGUGAAAAUAAGAGCAGCUGCAGCAGCAGCAGCAGCAACAGCAGUAGUCCCAGUGUUACAGCCAGUUCCAGCCCAGCUAUGACAGCUACAGCAGACAGUACCCCUAGCAAAUCUGAGUCUCCUUCACCAGUUUCUGCUAACUCGCGCACUCUUCCCACCUCUAGCUUCCUGGACCCCAGCUUUUAUAAAGCCAAAAAAUCCCAGGAGCAGCUGUUAGCCUUAAAGGAGAGCUUCCUCAUCAGCCAAUUCCCCAGUCAGGAAGAGGUAGACAGGCUUACAAAUCUGACUGGCCUGACGGUCCGUGAGGUACGAAAGUGGUUCAGCGACCGUCGUUACCACUUCCGCAAUCUGAAAGGCUCAAGGUCAAGCACUGGUGGUCAAACUUCAGCGGCCAGCAGCGCCAGCUCCACUGCCUCUGCCUCCACUGCUGUUGGAGACGUUUCAGACAAUGCUGCGUCAACAGAAAGGCCCAAAACCCCACAAAAGAUGCCUCUGAGCCCCUCACGACAGCAACAGACGACGCCCCCCACGCCUACAAGACGUCCGCCGCGACCACCAUCUCCAGACUUCACAGCAAUACGAUACAAGGAAAGGGAACCCCACCAGGUUCGCGCUCUUGAGGCCAGCUUUGCCCAGGACCCUGAUCCAUCCGGGGAAGAAGUGGACAGGUUACGAGCAGAGACUAAGAUGACUCGGCGUGAAAUCCACGGCUGGUUUGCUGACCGGCGAAGGAGAGUGGCGGCAGAGAAGAAGAAGGAGGAGUUAGAACGAGCAGAGAGGGAGGAUGAAGACGAUGAAGACGUCGAGAAAGAAAAAGAGGAAGGAGGAGAAGUGAGUGAAAAGGGAAAAAAAGAUCUUGAGAAAGAGGUGGCAGACAUUAAAGAAGACAUUGAGGAAUCUUCAUCAGAAACAGGUCAGCAGGUCAAAGAUGAGAAGCAGAAGGAGGACGCAUCUGGCACUGCGCCGAAGGUUAACCCAAUAAAGAUCAAUCUCAAAAUGCUGAAAGUCACCGAAUCCAAUGGAAAAGGGGAAAUGGAGGGAAGUCCACAGCCAGAGACUACGAAAGUGCCCCCUGUUGCAUCUCAGACAUCCACCCCUUCAUCUCAACCACCCCAAACUGCAUAUCGAGGUAAGAAGACACCUGAACAGCUUCAUCUACUAAAGCAAGCCUUUGCCCGCACCCACUGGCCCAGCAGCCCCUUGUACAACGAACUGAUUGCUAAAACUGGCCUGCCUCGCCCAGAGGUGGUGCGUUGGUUUGGGGACUGUCGCUAUGUCCUGAAGAACGGUCAGCUGAAGUGGCUGGAGAGCUAUCAGUCCAUGGUAGACGAAGAGGACUUCCAGAAAGGUAACAUCACUCUGCUUCAGGAGCACUUGAACACCAAUGGCAAGCUGGUCGAGAGUCAGCUGGAGGAGCUAGCCAAGUCAAGCGGCCUGUCUGAGGAGCUGGUCAGAAGAUGGUUCACAAGACAAACGAAAGCAGCCUUGCCAUCAGAGGAGGCAAAGUCAGAGGAUGCAGAAGCCAUGGAGAUGAAACCUUCACCCUCUGCAGCCAAAGGCAAGACAAACUUAAAGUCAGUGCAGCAGGAUGAGGGGGAUGUGAAGGAUGAGCAGAUGGAGCAAUCUGUGACCAACCUCACCUUGAAAGAUCAGACCACAAAGAAGACGACGACUGGAGAAACAGAUACUGGUGCAAAGCAAGAGUCUGAGUGAAGAGCAGAGAGGGACCACGAGUGAAUGUGUGGAUGAGUGUUGCCCCGUGGGAUGUGCAGCACAAGGUGGCCUUUUACUGAGCUUUGUGUAAAUGGCAGACGUGAUUGUAACCAAAUCACUGGAGGGAUCCAAGCCGAAGUGAUCCCGUUUUUAAACUCUUCGCCCGGAGAGCAACCAGCCACUCCACACUGAGAGCCACAGGCUGGAUUCUUUUAGCCUAUUUUAUACAUGCCCAGGAUUUUUAGGGCUGCAUUUCAGCUCCAGGGAGAGGGAUACCUGGAAUACAUUAGAGUGGAAAGAGGCCGUUGGACUAGAUGGACAUUCACUGACUAGAUCUGCUGGACAGGAACUGCGAGAGUGGACGGAAAGACUGUAAUCAGGAGACAUUUUGUAGAUUUGCGGUACAGGAUUAAUACUGCACAGCUCUCUGAGCUUUGUUUUUCUUCUUUUUUGUCAGAACAUUGAUGGCUGACUGUGCGCCUAGGAGACGUGUAUUCCGUAGCUGAAGCAUCAAUACUGGAGCACGUUGUCUUUGUGUACAUUUUUCCUCAAGGUGGGAAAUAAUAAUAAAUCAUGAUUGUUUAAAGUGUCGACCUGUUUCACUUGUAUGAGUACUCCUAGGAUUGUUGUAUAAUUUUUACAGAUAUUUGCAGAAUAAAUGAAAUUUAACAAGC